CACGGAUUUACUCGAGUGCCUGGCCAGUUUUGGGGGCUUAAACGAACGAGGAACCAACAGGGCUGCAAAAGCAAUGCGUACCAUGCCUAACAGUACGCGUGCACGCCAGUGAUGGCAAGGCAGGAGAUCGACGUAGCCGAAUGCCUGAGAAGGGGCGCCAUCGGUGCGCUAGGAGCCAUCCCUGGCACGCUGGCCGCGCACCCGAUCGAUUUGGUCAAAAUAAGGAUACAGACGGGCGCCGGCUCGGCGCGCGCUGCUGUUCGAGGCCUCGGCACGCGCGCGAGCGACUGGCCGCGCUACUAUAGAGGAUUGGGCCCCGGCGUGCUGCAGAAGGCGGCGACGCGCGGGCCCAUGUUCCUCGCGUCGGAAAUCGGCACGCAGUGCUGCGAGACGGGCUUUGGUAUGCCGCGCGAGCGGGCGCUCGUCGUCGGCUCGCUGUCGAGCGGCUACGUGACGGGCUUCCUCGCCGCGUCCUUCGAAUGGGCGAAGGUCCAGCGGAGCCUCGGCGCCACCGUCGGUAGCGUCUCUGCGAAGCGCAGAUUGGCCGUCUGCCACGGCGCGGGCCUGCGGAACGCCGUCUUCGACGCGACGUUCUUCGGCACGGAGCACGUCGCGCGGCGCUAUGGUAAUUUGCCGCCCGAGGCGACGUACGCGCUCGGCGCCGUGGCGGCCAUCACGCUCGACUUUCCUCUGGAUGUGGCCCUGAAACGUAACAUGGCCGCGCCGACGACGUCGCCCGUGCCGCGCGUCGGCGCGACGCUGCUCGCUUUUAGGCUGCUCCGCGACCGGGGCUUCCGAGUCGUCUUCGCGGGCCUCGGCGUCAAGAGCUGCGAGUUCGGCGUGAGCUACGCGUGCACGGGCUACGUGUCGACUUUUUUUCGAUAG